AGUGUUCCGGUUGAGGUUGAAUGAAGCAAAUCUGGACGGUAGGUGUCACCAGUGAUGAUUGAUGGACUUUUGUACCCUGGAAGAUCCACGUAAAGAAGUGAGCCGCUUACGGUCUGCAGGUUUGUUACGAGAAAGUUUAGAACGGAGUCAUGUCUCCACGUGAAUCGUUCUAGAUACGAUUGGCAACCAGCUACUACGUGCAGAAGUGUUUCAGGAGCUAGACAUCGCGAACAGUCGACGUCUGAAGUCGGUGAUAAACCCCAUCUUGCAAGGUUUUGGUGCGUUGGAAGGGAGCUAUUGAUGUAUCGAACUGUAAAGUUGAAUAUAUUUUUUGGGAGGUUCGAUUGGCACGCAGACCAAAUUUUAGUGAGUUGGGAAAGUGAGAACUUUGUUAUAUUAGUGAAGAAAGAGCCUUGACAGGUUAAUUGAGUAUGCAGUUUAUCCUCUUGUCCAGAGCGAAAGUCCUUAAGAACUUGCUUAGUGGAGUUAUAAACGUCAUACUGAAUAUUUUUGCUGUUGCUAGUUGCUUUCCAAAGUUCGUUAAUUGCUUCGUUUGGGGAUGUUUUUAGGACUUUACGGAGAACAGUUUCACAUUGAAUAAAUUUGACAGAUGUGGGACAAAUACUGAGGCCAAAUUUGUUACGGGUUAGGAAAACAGUGCUUAGCGUUCCAGAUAUACUAGGUGUAUCAAGCCAUUUACGGAUAUAACUGUUGACUUUGGAAUCAAUGUUUUCGGUGACCCACGUUUUCGAUACGCUAGAAAUUGUAAAAUGCCAGGAUAAUUUUGACAGAAGAUAUCGACUGUAGAGGAGGAUUUUAUUUUUUGGAUGUAAUGGUUUGGAAUCAAUAUCUGCCAUUAGUUCUUCAACGAGUGAGAUUAGUUCAGACUUGUGGUGUUCGUCUGACAUAUUAAAACUAAAGUAUCUUCCUAAGUGUAGUAGUAAACGAGCGAGAGAAUAAAUCCUUAAAGUUUGAUAAUAUAAACACUAUAAUUGGCGACGACGUAAAGUAAAAGUAUCGACGUUGGUUGAUUUUCAUACGAAAUGGCUAAGGUCCUUGAUUUACCGGCUAUUCCACCCUUUUCUGUGUCUGAAACGAGUUCGUUGGCACAACGUUGGGACAAAUGGACGAACUCGCUAGAUUACUACAUUCGUGCUUCGGGCAUCUCCGAUCAAAAGCAAAAGCGGGCCAUUCUACUUCAUUUAGCUGGUGCAGAAAUACAAGAAAUCUUCGAGACGUUGCCUGAUACUGGCGAUGAUUACAAAACAGCGCUCGAGAAAUUGAAUGAACAUUUCAACCCGUGUAAAAACAUAGCUUUCGAACGUCAUGUUUUCAGACAAGCAACCCAACGUGCCGACGAGUCCAUGGAUGCUUUUGUAACUCGCUUGAGAACUCUUGCAAAAACGUGCCAGUUCGAUACAAGUUUAGAUGAAAUGAUCCGUGACCAAGUCAUUGAAAAGUGUGCUUCGAACGCUCUUCGGCGUCGCCUACUACGAGAACAAGAACUAACAUUGAACAAUUUAUUAUCGAUUGCUCGUUCAUUCGAACUGGCCGAUUGCCAGGCCUUAGAAUCGAACAAAAGUUUGAAUCAUCCACUCACCUCAAUUCCAUCGAACGAAAUAGAGAUUUUCAACAACCACGGCGUAAUUCUGCGAAGCGUGAAGACAAUAAUAGGCAAAAAUGUGUUUGUUAUAAUUGUUGUGGAAACGAAGGGCACCGUGCGAAGGAUGUCCAAUGUCCUGCCCUUGACAAAACCUGCCGACGUUGUGGCAAGACCGGUCAUUUUGCUAGGGUCUGUCGCCAAAAGACCAACAAACCGAAGCAAUACAGGGAGAAUGCUCGACAGCUUGAACAGUCUGACGAUGACUCUUCUGAGAACGAAUGUUUAUUUACUCUCACGGCUCAUAAUGUGCAUCAUCGCUCGGACAGCCUUCAUAUGUUGGAAAUUGAACACAUUCCAGUGCAAAUGCUUAUCGACUCGGGGGCUAGUGUUAACGUCCUUGAUCUCGAGACAUAUCAUCGUCUAAAAGCGCGAAAAGGAGUCCAGUUAAUGCCUUCUACCCUUCGUGUUUACGCAUACGGUUCUACGACCCCACUUAAUAUCAUGGGAACAGUCAGACCCUUCGUGUUUACGCAUACGGUUCUACGACCCCACUUAAUAUCAUGGGAACAGUCUCCGGUCGGGUAAAAUGCAACUCUGCAGAAAUCGUGGCCAAGUUCGAAGUGGUACACAACCAACACGCCGGUUGUCUUCUCGGGCGACAAACUGCCACUCAACUGGGAUUUUUGCGGGCUGGACCUCAAGUUUCGUCCAUCAAUUGUGCAGUAUCUCCCCAUUCCCUUCGCCAACGGUAUCCCAGUGUCUUUGACGGAGUAGGAAAACUCACCAAUUACCAGCAGAAAAUUUCCAUCAACACCAACAUCAAACCUGUUGGUCAGCCCCCACGUCGAAUUCCCUUCCACGCAAGCAAAGCAAAUUUCCGCCAAACUUGAAGAACUCGAAAGGCUGCAUAUAAUCGAGACGGUCCGUGGCCCAACACCCUGGGUCUCACCCUUGGUUAUCGUACCAAAAUCUAGUUGUGAAAUCCGUGUCUGCGUAGACAUGCGGCAGGUAAAUACGGCUGUAAUACGAGAGCGGUAUCCCAUUCCCACAGUCGAAGAAAGCCUUCAGGAUCUCAACGGAGCAGCUGUUUUUUCGAAAUUAGACCUGAAGUGGGGCUACCAUCAAAUUGAACUGGACGAGAAAUCCAGAGAAUUGACCACCUUUACUACUCAUGAUGGCUUGUACCGGUAUAAACGUCUUAUGUUCGGGAUAUCUGCUGCUCCUGAGAUUUAUCAACAUGCUAUCCAACAAGUUCUACACGGUCUACUUGGGGUCAAGAACAUUUCGGAUGAUAUAAUUGUUUUCGGCAAGGACAAGUCAGAACAUGACAGAAAUCUGCAUGGAGUACUUGCUCGACUUCAAGAACGGGGACUUUUUUGGCUUUGAUAUUUCUGCCCGUGGGAUUCGCCCGAACGCCCAGUCAGUCGAGGCUAUUUGUAAUGCACCAGCACCCACGAAUGCUUCAGAGGUUCGCAGUUUUCUGGGCCUAGCCAGUUUCUGUCGGCGAUUUAUCCCAGCUUUUUCCACCAUCGCUUACCCCCUUUCCGAGCUAACCCGUAAAGCUGUGCCAUGGCAAUGGACCAACACCCAUCAAUCCUCGUUUGACAAACUUAGGAAAAUGCUAACUAGGGACUGUGUCAUGGCCCACUAUGACCCUGCAGCUCCCACCCAGUUACGUGUCGAUGCUAGCCCUGUUGGUCUGGGGGCUAUUUUGACUCUGGGGGCUAUUUUGACCCGUCGCAUAUGCCAGUCGAACGCUUACCCCAGUGGAAUGACGCUACUCCCAAACAGAGCGUGAGGCCCUAGCAGUUGUUUGGGGCUGCGAAAAGUUUCACCUUUACUUAUAUGGCACCACCUUUGACUUGCUUACCGAUCACAAACCCCUCGAGGUGAUUUAUAGUCCCACCUUAAAGCCCCCAACAAGACUUGAACGCUGGGGACUACGCCUCCAGCCUUACACAUUUCGCCUGCAGUAUUCUCCUCGUGCCACCAACCCUGCCGAUAUGUUAUCUCGCCUGCCCUUGCCAAACACAGUGCAUCGAGAACGGAACAUUGCGGAGGAGUAUGUCCAUUACAUAGCCCGCAACGCCAUCCCCAAAGCAAUGACCCUUACUCAGCUAGAGCAGGCUACGGCGCGAGACCCCGUCCUCCAGCGAGUUCACCAGUCAGUCGUCUCGGGUAACUGGCAGAAAACUAAAGAAACGGAUCCCUAUUUUCGUGGCUCGCGUAUCGUGGUUCCAGCCAGUCUACAACCUACCACUCUACAACUGGCACACGAAGGCCACCAAGGGAUUGUUCGAACAAAACAGCUCUUGCGAGAAAAAGUCUGGUGGCCUGGGAUCGACAAAGACGUUGAACACUUGAUUCGUUCCUGUAUUUCCUGUCAGGCCCAGUCCUCCCAGUCAUGCCCACAGUCACUUACCAUGACAGAAAUGCCUUCACGUCCGUGGACCGUCUUGCAUGCUGAUCUAUGUGGUCCUUUCCCUAGUGGUGAGUCGCUUCUGGUUUUAGCCGUUGAUUCAUGUUCUCGAUGGCCAGAAGUUUUCAUUUUAAAGAGCACAGCUGCAGCAGUCAUCAUCAAUCGCAUGAAAUGUGCUUCGCUGUGCAUGGUCUCCCAGAAGCAAUCGUUACAGACAAUGGACCUCAAUUCGUGGCAAUUGAUUUGUAUCUUCGAGAGCACGGCAUCACACACCGUCGAGUAACACCUUAUUGGCCACAAGCCAAUUCCGAAGUCGAACGGUUUAACCGCACACUCGAGAAGGCCAUUCGCGCUGCAAAUACCGAAGGAAAAGAUUGGAAAAGCGAGCUCAACACCUUUUUACUCAAUUACCGAGCAACAGCUCAUUGCACUACUGGCAAAUCACCCGCUGUUCUCUUGUUUGGUCGAGAGAUACGCACCAAGCUCCCGUCGUUGAACACUAGCCGUUCGCCAGCUUCAACGUCACCUGUGUCGACCCCGCCAUUCUAGAGCGUGAUCGUUGUCAGAAAGCAAAGAUGAAGAAGUAUGCGGACGAGAAAAGACGUGCAGCACCUUCCAACAUAAAGAGGGGUGACAAAGUUCUUUUGAAGCAAGAACGAAAGAAUAAGUUAUCCACAAAAAAUGAGCCAGACCCAUAUAUAGUGGUAGGAACGAAAGGCACAAGUUUACUUCUAAAGAGACGAGCCGAGCCCGAGAUAAUGAGGAAUUCGUCAGCAGUUCGCAAAUUGCCGCCGGAGGGAACAGAUAGUCAUCCACACGAAGCCAAACGGAAACCAGACCAAGUGGUCGAUACAACAACAAAGCCUAGACCCCAGCGACAGCGAAAACCUCCUGAAUAUCUUGGAUAUGAAAAGUGACAUUCACACAGUCCGGAAGAGUAAGACAGUAUACGAAUUGACAGUUACAAACUCUGACAAUUGAUAUUUAGUUUUGCAUGUUUAUUGACGUUUAGUCAAGCAUUUUCACGUAAAAGAGGGAUGUAGUGUCUGUGACGUCACAGUCACGUGAGGAACACGAGGAGAGACAGAGUAGUGUUGGAGAGAGAGAGUAUUGUAGUAAACGAGCGAGAGAAUAAAUCCUUAAAGUUUGAUAAUAUAAACACUAUACUAAGUAUUGAAAAGCCUCACCGAUAUUGAUCUUUGGAAUUAGUUGCUUGUUAAUAAGUAGUUUAGGCAGGUACGUAUUGGAUUGAUUUUGUUUGAGCUUUUUUGAUGCCAAAGAUACUACAUUUAUCAACCCGAAUAAUCAUGUUGGACCAUUGGCACCAAAUGGAGAACCGGUUUAGAAGAUGUUGAUUUUCAUGUUCUUGACUACUUAUGACGGCGGCAUCAUCAGCAAACUGAAACCAGUGGAUGGGAUUUAAUAGAAACUGUAAGGAGAAACCAAAUUGACGAUGUUUAUCUGUUUUUAUGUGUUGUAUAAAGGUGUUGAAACACAUAUUGAAGAGAAGAGGGCUCAGGCAAUCACCUUGCAAUAUUCCACGACGAACUGGUAUGAAGGGGGUACGGAAUUCAGAUGUAAUUAUUGAAGUUUUAAAAUCGGUAUAUAGACUUUUAAUUAUCAAUUUAACAUGUUCAGGGAUAUGGGGGUAAUCAAGUACGGAUGUGAUCAGAUUAUGAUGAACUUCACAAAAAGCAUUCUUGAGGUCAAGUAGGGUGAUGACUAGUGAGCGUUGUUUGAUUCGGGCUUUAUUUGAUAAUAUUAGCCAUUUGUGCAGUGUGUUCUAAGGUGCCAGACAUGUUAGGUGUGAAUCCAUUUUGUAUAUUAUGUUCUAUAAAGUUAUUAACGGUUAGGAAUGAAUAUAUUGCGUUACGUAGGCCUAGGCAGGAAGUGAAUACUUUUAAUGGUAUGGUCUCCAGUGUGAUGGGAUGUAUCAGUAUCGCCUUUCUUAUGAAUUAGUAUUGUGCAAGCUUUCUUCCAUUCUGAAGGGAUGGUUCCAGAUAGCCACACAGCACAAAUGAGGUCAGUUAAAGGGGACAUGGAGAGCCAGAUGCUUUCGUUUUGCGUAUUAUAUUCGUGACUUGUUGAAAUCCAGCUAGGAAUAUUGAACAAUUUGUUUGGAUGAAUUGCAGCAGGGGUUUUAGUGACGUGGGAAAGGCAUUGCGUCAUGUUGAAAGAUGGUAAUACAGUGUCUUUCUUCCUUAGAAUAUUCUUGACAUAACCCCAGAAAUUUUCCCGAUAUAUUUGUCAUG